AUGAUGAACUACGGUGGUCACCCAUUCCACCCUCAACAGCCACAGCAAGGUCAACAGCAGCAGCAGCAGCAACAUCAAGGUGUGCAACCCCAACAUCCGUUGGGUCCACAGCCUCAACGUCAGCAUGCCCAGUCGCCCUUGCUAGGCGCGGGGCCUACCCUUCCCCAGCAUGGUAGCCCGUUCCCGGGCGGUAAGCCGAUUUUCCGGGGACAACCGCAGCAGAACUUUGCCGCGACACAGUCUCCGGAUCUGCGCAAAAUGACGCCGACGUCGGGGUCAUUAGGUGGAUACCCCACCAGCAGCAGUUUUGGCCAAUAUCCUGGACAGUUUGCGGCGCAGAGCUCUCCAGGUUUGAUGUCUCGCAACCCAGAUCCAAUGGCUUUGCAAAAUCUUCACCGUGGGUAUAAUUCAAUUGCCCACCUCAGGCCGCAACCAGGACUUAGUCCUACCACUGGUCUGACCCAUGGGCAUCCCAUGAAUGUUCAAUCGCCGCAGCAAGCCAUGAAUCGAUUACCUCACGCAGGCAUGCAGCAAGGCGACAGCCACACUUCGGCCAGUCCCUCCAUGGCUAGCCCGUCUAUGUUUGCCAUGAAUCAACAGCGACAGCAGCAACCGCAGUCACAGCCGCAAUCGCCGCAGCAGACGCAUCAACAAUUGCAACAUCAGAUUCACCAGCAGCAGCAGUUCCAACAGCAGCAAAGAAUGGAGCAUCAAAAACAGCUUCAGCAACAGCGCAUGGAGCAACAACACCAACAACGCAUGGAACAGCAACGGAUGGAGCAGCAGCAGCGCAUGGAGCAACAGAAGGAGCUGGAACUAGAACAGCAAAAGCUUGAAGAGCAGAAGCUGUUGGAGCAACAGCAACAACGCCUAGAGCAACAGAAGCAGCAUCAGCAGCGCAUAGAACAGCAGAAGCAGCAGCAGCAGCAGCAGCAAUUGGACCAGCAGAGGCUGCAAAAAUUGCAGCAGCAAGCUCAAGUACACAACCCAUAUCAGCAACAGGCACCCUUCCCCCAGCAUACUCAGCCCCCGUUCCAUCCUUCCCAAUAUCAGCAACAUCCAGCUCAAUCGCAGCAUCAAUAUGCCGCUCACCAGGCGCAAUUCACUCAGCAGCAGCAGACACAAUUCCAACAGCCGCACCACACUCAGUUCCAACGUUACCAGCCAGGAACGCAGUCGGCUGCCUUGCCUUCAUCACAGCCAGCGGCACCAGUUGCUCCUACUCCUAUGGUUGCUGAAAGCCCAACCAUGAAGGUCGACGAGUCGAGCUCUGCGCAAAAGAAGAAGGCCAAACCUAAGAAGGCAGCUCCGGCCCCCGCUCCGGCUAUGCCUCAACCCCCUGCUCAGGUCCAGACUCAGCCGCAAGCUCAUGUUCAGCCUCAACUAAACAUUCCUAUGCCGGCUUCUAAUCCAAUGCCCACCCAGACCAAUGGGCAGGUGCAGAUGCCCGCUGUGGCCGCAGCUGGGGGUGAUGCAGUUGCUACUCCGCCUCCUAAGCGUCGUCGGGGACGCCCUCGGAAGGAGGAAGUCGCAGCUAGGCUUGCUGCACAGGCUGCGCAGGCUGCCCAAAAUGGCGAACCUAUCCCAGGAGCACCCCAGUCGGGACAGGCUUCAUUCACGGCAAACAUGACACCAACUGCACCAGGAUCAGUAGCGACCACCACCAAAGGAACACCUAUUAUCGGACCAGAUGGAACUCCUUUGAAGCGGAAACGUGGACGUCCUCGUAAGGCCGAUCAGAUUGCGUGGGCUGCUGCAACCGGUCAGCCUUUACCACCGCCUAAACCACGGAAGCCAGCUUCGGCCAAACCCAAGGCGCCUGGGACCGGUCGACCACGUGGAAGGCCUCGCAAGGCUGAUGUGGCGGCUGCGGCUGCGGCUGCGGCUGCUGCUGCUGCCGCCGCCGCCGGGGACCAGACACAGACAGAGAUUAACUCCCAGUUGGCUGAAGGCACAGAUACAACGAGCACACUGAAACAUGCCACCUCUACGAUAGAUGAGGAGUCGCGCAAACGGCCCUGUCCAACCCCACCACAGAUGCAUCAAGGCCAGUCUUUGCCUCAGCAGCAGCAGAACAUGCACAUGUUCCAGCCAGGUCAGCCUUCCCAACCGCAGCCCGGCCAGCACCUUGGCCAGCCGCAGGUCCAGGACAUGCACCAGCAGCAGAACCCACACAUGUCUCAGUCUGGCCACCUGCCCCACAGUCAGUCUCUGCCGCAGCAGGCGGGCCAGCCGCUUGCCAUGCCACACAUGCAAAUGCACCAUCAUUCUCCUGUCCAUCCUUCGCGACCUCCCCCUCACCAGCCAUAUCUCCAAUCACCUAUGCAGCAACAGAUGCAGCACCCGAUGUCUGAGUCUCCCGUCCACGGGAUGCCAGGACAACAGCGCCGAGCACCAAUUCCUCAACGCAGCCAGGCUCCUCCACCACCUGCCCCGCAGCAUGAGCACCAGCAUACAUUUCAGAUCCAGAUGCAGCCCCAACCUACCUAG